UGGCUUUUGGGACCUGCAGUUUUAAAGAGUCGCCUUUUCUCAUACCCGUUUGUCCUUCAAGAAGCGCGUCACCUGUGCUGCCUGAUAGCUCAUCUCCGACAUGGACUACGACGAGCGACCAAGGUUGUCGGUAGAGGCGGAGAAAGAGGUGACCCGGUUAUGGCGAACCUGGAGGACAGUUUUGGAGAUGCUCGUGGACAGAGGCUAUGCGAUCGCUACAGAUGAACUCACAAUAUCCCGAGACGAAUUCCAGAACAAGUUUUGCGACCGUCAAGCAGGACAUGCAGAGCGGAGAUUGAUGCGACUACAAGCUGCUCCUACUGAAGAGAUGAUCAAGCGCGACACUCCGCGACCAACAAAGAGCAACCCAGACCCCCAAACAACGGCAGGCACAAUCUGGGUAGAAUUCAGUCCCGAGACCACAAUCGGUAUCAAACAUCUACGAGCCUUUGCCCAACAUCUCGAUCAACACAAAUUCACCACUGGCAUCUUUAUCACCAUCGGACCCGUUACCGCCGCAGCCCUUCGCGCGUUCGAGCCGUUGACGGAACGAGGCAUAACAGCUGAAUGGUUCCAAGAGCAGGAUUUACUGGUCAACAUCACAAGACACGAGCUGGUGCCCAAGCACGUCUUACUUAGUGCGGAAGAGAAGAAAGUCUUGCUGGACAGAUACCGACUGAAGGAGACUCAACUACCUCGCAUCCAAUACAGCGAUCCGGUGGCGCGGUAUCUCGGUUUGAAGAGAGGAAACGUUGUCAAGAUCAUUCGGAAGAGUGAAACUGCCGGUCGGUAUGCCAGCUACCGAUGGGUAUUUUGAACGUCGAAAUUGUUUUCCAGCGAGGAGUUUAGGGUCUUCAAAAAGGGAAGAUGCAUUGCUCGGAGUUCACAAUGACAUGAAUAAGUCUAUGGCGGCUCGCUCGGGGAAAUAUCAACUGGCUAUAGCCAUUGUCAAGAUAAGAUCAA